AUGGGCACCCAUCCCAGCAAAGACUCCCGCAUCGCCGCGGAGCGCCGACUCGCCACGGAAGCCCUCCUCGCCGAGCUCACCGCUCUCGUCACGCCAUCCCAGCUUCCCGGGCAGUCCCACGCACUCCCGCUGCCCUCACCUCUAAGCACCAACCUCCUCCAUCGCCACGCAACUCCGUACCUUCACCUCCUCCCUACCCACGCCUCUCAAAUCCCCCCGCUCAUCCGCCUCGCGCGUACUCACGAGUUACGCAUCACCGUCCGCUCCACCGGCUCUUCCUUUUCUGGGUAUGGCACCACCGACCGUGGUCUGUUGCUGGACCUGUCCCGGCUGCGGGAUGUGAAGUUGAACCGGAAGGACAACACCAACGAGGUGGAGAGUGUCAGUUGCGGUGGUGGUGCUACAUGGGGGGAUAUCAACCGCGCUUUGGUAGAUGGGUGCUGUGAGGGGUGGGUUCCGAACGGGCCGCGCGGGGAUGGGAGUGAAGGGGUCGUAGGGUUUUUGCUGGGGGGCGGACUGGGGGUUUGGAGUCGGUUUGCAGGCAUGGGCUGUGAUAGUGUGGUGCAGUGGACAGUGGUCACAGCUGCUGGGGAGUUGGUAACGGUGAGUGAGAAGGAUGGGAAGGAUACGAAGGAGGGGAGGUUGUUUUGGGCAUUGAGGGGGGGUGGUUUGGGGGGCUUGGUGGUGGUGGUGGGAGUGAGGCUGAGGAUGGUGAAGGUGCCGGAGCGGGUGGUGGCGGGACGGUGGGCGGGUCGGGCAGAUGAAAAGUUGAACGAGGCAGUAGACCAGAGGUGGUAUGCUAUUCCGUGGGCUGAUCAGACGACGGUGGAUACCCACUGGACGGUUUCUACGCCGGGCCCGUCAACCCCGACCGUGCGGUUUGUCGCAACUCACGCCGGGGCUAAGUCUGACUUUGACUCGUUUGUCGACCGCGUCGUCCAACCCGUCGUGCCGGACCUCGCGGGCAAACUGAAAACACACACCAUCUCCGAGCCCACCACCCUCUUCCUGCACGAAACCCUCGCCGAGCUGCACCGCGAGACCGCCGCCCCCUUCCAGCCCGGCCAUCAGUCCUACCUCGCGUAUGCCUCCUUUGUGUUCCACCACUUCGAGAAGGGUACCGCAAUCGGCGUGGAAUACGCCGACGAAGCACUGCAAGCCUUCCAAGAGCAGUUUAUCGAUGAUGCGGCCACCCUGGAACUCUCCUGGCUCCACGGCGGCGGCGGCGCCAUCAGCAGGCUCUCGGCCGACAAUACGGCGUUCCCAUGGCGAAGCGGGGUCUUUUUUGUGCAGGUCUCGUUGCGAUGGCACGACAAGUUCCUAAGUGCCAAGAUCGGUACCUUUUUGGAUGGCCUCUCUGCCACGAUGCGCUCGAUAUCAAUCCAGCAGAAGGCGGCUCUGGUAACCUUGGCUGGGGACGGUCAGGAGGAGGGAUAUCAGCAGGCGUUUUAUGGGGGGAAUUAUGCGAAAUUGCAGGUGGUGAAACAGGAGUGGGACCCGGAGGACUAUUUUCAUGUGCCACGGGGAAUUCGACUGCCGGGGGUCAAGUUAGAAGGAACGGUGGAUGAGGUCAACGGGCGGGACGGGGUGCCUUGGAGGGAACUGGGGGAGAGACAAUGGCGUAGUCGAGGGGAGUCGGUGUGA